AUGGAGGACGCUGAGGAUGGCAUCGCUGUUGUGGGGAUAGGAUGCAAUUUUCCAGGGGGAGAAGGUCUUGAUAAUUUUUGGGAUGUUCUGGUGAAUGGGAGGAACUGUUCUGUGCCAAUUCCCAAGGAAAGGUUUGACCUGGCCAGCUGGUAUGAUCCCGAUGACAAUAAAGCGGGUAAAUCCCGCACAGCCAAGGCUGCUGUCAUUGAAGGAUUCAAUGAGUUCGACCACAAGUUCUUUGGCAUCAGUGACAGCGAAGUGGAACAAAUGGACCCUCAAAAAAAGCAACUUCUUCAGUGUGUGUACCGGGCUUUAGAGAAUGCUGGAAUCCCUAUGGAGAAGGCCAGUGGGACAAGGACAGGAGUGUUCUUUGGCCUGAUGAACAGAGAUUAUGAGCAAUCUGCUGCACAUGUGCACCCAAAUGUUAUCAACCACUGGACUGGCACAGGACUAGCCAUGAGUAUAGCAGCAAACCGAGUCUCCUACAUCUUCAACUUCACUGGUCCCUCAAUGUCUAUAGACUGUGCCUGCUCAUCAUCACUUGUGGCUCUUCAUCUUGCUUGCCAAGCCAUUAAACAGGGAGACUGUGAGAUGGCGCUCUGUGGAGGUGUCAGCUGUAUCAUAGAGCCAAGAGUGUUUGUUGCUCUCAGCAAGGCGAAGAUGAUUUCACCUGAAGGAACCAGCAAGCCUUUCUCCAGCAGAGCAGACGGCUAUGGCAGAGGAGAGGGCUGCGGGGUAGUUCUGCUGAAACCACUGAAAAAGGCUAUACACGACCGUGACCAUGUAUGGGGAAUUGUCAGCAAAACUGCAGUCAACCAAGAUGGUCACACAGUCUCUCCAAUCACCAAGCCCUCCAUGGUUCAACAAGAGGAGCUCCUGCGCAGCAUCUACUCGAAGUCUGAUCUUUCAAAUGUCCAGUACAUAGAGGCGCAUGGGACUGGAACCCCAGUUGGAGACCCAACAGAGGCAGCAAGCAUCUCCAACGUCAUUGCUAAAGCCAGACCUCCAGGUUCAGAGACACUCCGUAUUGGGUCUGUGAAAAGCAACAUUGGACACACAGAAUCUGCAGCUGGAGUGGCAGGGCUCAUUAAGGUACUCUUAAUGAUGAAGCACGAAACCAUUGUCCCCUCUGUUUUCUAUUCUGAUGACAGCGCCAGUGUAGAUGCCAAAACCCUAAAUAUAAAAGUCCCGACCAAACCAGAGAAGUGGCAAGCCUCUACUGACAGAAUAGCUGGAGUGAACAACUUUGGCUUUGGGGGAACAAAUGCACAUGCCAUUGUCAAACAGCAUAAACAGCCUUACCUUCUGCAAAAGAGUAAAAGGAAAGAUAGGAAGUGUUUUGUCUUGUCUGCAAAUUCACCAAAAUCUCUCACUUUGAUGAUGGAAGAUACCAUUAAACAGCUAGACGUAAACAGCAAAGUUGAUGUAGAUGCUCUGGUGUACACAUCAGCUUGCAGGAGGAGUCAUCUAAAACACAAAUACAGAAAGGCCAUCAUGAUUUCAUCUGCAAUUGAUCUUAAAGAACAGUUGAAAUCUGCCCUGAGUAAGAAACUUGUCCCCUCCCACUCAGACCCAAGAUUAGUGUUUUUCUUCUGUGGGAAUGGUGUCACGUACCAUGGUAUGUGUAAACAGCUAUUAAAACACGAGGCUGUAUUCAGAGAUAAGAUCAAAGAGAUUGGAGAACUUUUCCAAAGGUUGAGCAAACUGAACAUCUUGGACACACUGGAGAGUGAGACUGAAAGUAGUGACUUUACAAAACCAGAUGUUGUCCAGCCCCUCCUCUUUGCCAUUCAGGUUGGUAUUGCCACGCUCCUCAAGCACUGGGGCGUCAAGCCAGGUGCGAUACUUGGGCACUCUGUUGGAGAGGUUGCAGCCGCCCAUUGCUCUGGUCUUUUGUCUCUUGAGGAUGCAGUAAAAGUAAUCUACAACCGCAGUACUCUUCAGAGCAAGGUCACAGGAGGGAAGAUGCUUGUGAUCAGCAACAUGGCUGUGUCAGAGGUUGUUGAUCUUCUCCCUCGUUACUCUGAUAUGGUUUGUAUUGCUGCUUUCAACAGCCCCCAGUCCUGCACCCUCUCAGGAGAUGUUGAUGCAAUAAAAAGUCUGCAUGAAAAGCUCAGCACUUCAACCAAGGGACAGAAUCUGUUCCUUCGCAUACUGGAUGUCCCUGCUGCUUACCACAGCCACAUGAUGGACCCAAUUAUGUCUGAAACACGGGAGAAUAUUGGCUUCUUGCAGAGGAAUGUCCUUGAGGCUGAGUUGUUUUCUACAGUGACAGGCAAGGAGGUAGAACAGCCUGAUUUUUGCACAGGAGACUACUGGGCCAGAAACAUUCGUGAACCGGUAUCUUUUGAGCAGGCAGUGAGGUCAGCAGCUAAAGGGAAGAAAAAUGUUGUUUUUGUGGAGAUAGGACCAAGAAGGGCCCUCCAAAGGAACAUCAUGGAAACUCUGGGAAAUGACAUACCUGUUCUUGCCUCAGUGCACCCAGAGAAAGAUCACGAAACAGCAUUGGCCAUUGUGUCUAAGCUGUUUGAGCUAGGGGUUCAGGUGGAUUGGAACUGCUUCUACAAAGGAUUUGAGACAAUGUCCUUGCCCGUCCCAAGAUACCAGUUUGAUUGCUCUGAGAGAAAUGUUAUCAUUGGGGCAGCACAGAAAAGCACAGCAGGUAAUCAUCCUGUGCUCUGUCAGACUGACAGUGAAACCAACGUUUUCAGCUGUGAUUUGUUGUCUGAUUGUUCAUCAUAUCUUACACAGCAUAAACACAAUGGUACACCAAUUAUCCCUGGAGCCUUCUAUGCUGAGUUGGGUUUAGCCGCAUUCAUGGCUCGUGCCAAACCAAAGGUACCUCUCAGUUCACUUCAGCUCAGUCCAUUUGUCCAUUUUUUGACCCAGAACGCCCCUGAAAUGAAAGUAAAACUAGAGCAAGCAGGGAAUGAGACUACUUUCAAAGUGUUUUCCCCAUCAGCAGUCUAUGCAUCAGGCACAGUCGUUUCCAAGAGGGAGAGACUAAUAGAGGAACAAAGUAUUUCGUUAAGCUCCAUCUACAAAAGAUGCCAAUCUGUAGUGAGCUCUGAGGAGUUCUAUGAAUUUCUGUCUCAAGGUGGCUUUCAGUAUGGGACUGUUUUCACAAAUAAGGGGGAUGUACACUAUGGGGAAGAACUAAUGGAGGCUUUUUCAGCUGUCAGUGUUCCAGAAGAAUUACUUGAGCUUAAGAAUGUGCUAAUCAAGUACCUUGCUCCAGCAUUUCCAGGAACCUGGGUCCACAAUACCAUCUCCGUCUCUGGGGGCACCAUAACUGGCUGUUGCUUGGUCAACCGGGCUGUGAUGGGCUGGUCCUCUGUAGGGCCCACCACCAUUACCCUCUGGCAGCAGGCAAAUGCUCUGGGACCCAGUGUCCAGGAGACAGGGGAUGGUUUUUCCUCCAGCUUGGCCGGACCUGGGAGUUUAAAGGCUGCUGGGCCUGCUCCCGCUGUGGGCAAUCCCGGCGGAUAUGCCCUGGUUGUCCACACUGCAAGCAAAUGGGGCGCCCCUGCUCAUCCCAGCGAGGGUGUGCAAAUGGCCGUCGGGGGCGACCAGAAGAACUAUGAACUUGCACAACACUGUCACAUACAGACCAUAAACGUGACAACUGUUUUGCAAAAGGGAUCCCUGAUUGCACAGAGGCCAUACAUUCAUGACUGGCUCAAGUCCUUGGACUUGAACAGGAAUUUUGCUCUUGAGAGUUUUACCUUUCAGAAUGUGGAAUCUGAAAACAACAACACCGUUGCUUUAAGCAGAUCAGAUUCAUACUUCAGCUCAAAGAAACUGCCAGUUGUGGCGCUGGAAAGAGAUGUUGAGGGCAAAUUAUCUGACAUUCCACUGAUGCCAAGAAAAAAACAGCUUUUUCAAAAGAGAGCUGUGUACAUUGUGACAGGUGGUCUUUCUGGGCUGGGCUUUGAAACAGUAAAGUUCAUUUCUCAAAGAGGAGGGGGGUAUGUUGUCAUACUCUCCAGAAGCAGACCUACACCAGAUGUGCAAAAAAAGAUAGACAAUGUGGUUAAACAGUGUGGGACAUGCAUCACUAGCAUGGAGUGUGAUGUCUCUGUGUCUGAGCUUGUGUGCCAGACCAUCAGUGCCAUUGGCUAGAAAUUCCCUGGUUGUCCUAUCAGAGGAGUGUUUCACAGUGCAGUCGUCUUGAAUGACGGGCUGAUUGAGACCCUUGACAAAUCUUUCUUUGAGAAAGUUCUCAAACCUAAGGUGAACGGUGCUCUGAAUCUGCAUCAUUCAACACAGCACUGUCAGUUAGACUACUUUGUGUGCUACUCUUCCAUCUCUGCUUUUCUGGGAAAUGCAUCACAGACAAACUAUGCUGCGGCCAACACAUUCCUUGACACAUUCUGUCAGUAUCGACGCAAACUUGGGCUCCCUGGACAGUCUAUCAAUUGGGGAGCUCUGAACCUCGGCCUCCUCUUGGAAAAUAAACAUCUCCAAAGGUUUCUGGAGGCAAAAGGGAUGAUGGUGUUGAAUGUGGCCGAAAUUCAUAAAAGUUUGGAACAGUGCCUUUUGAUCAACAGACCACAACAGGCUGUGUGCAGGUUUCAUUUCAAAAACAUCAGAUACAACAUCAUCUCUCAAAAUGCUGCCUUGACCAUACGUCUGUCCCCAUUAGUAGAGGAGUUUUUCCAAAAAUCAAAUGAGAUGAAUUCACAAAUCAAAGAAACAGAGUCAACCAUUGGUACUGACAAGAGUGAGCUUCAUGACGAAUUGCCUCUUUCAUCCUUAGGCAUUGACUCAAUGCAGGCCAUGACUCUGCAGAAUCUCAUCUUUCAAGAGAGAGGUGUGAUUGUGCUUUUGGUGAAAUUGUUGGAUCCCAAUGCCACGCUAUCAACACUGAUAGCAAUGCUAAGUGAGGAAGCUACGAGCGUAAUCUCCAGGCAGUCCAUUCUAAUUGAAGACAUUGCUGUUUCAACAAGAUUGUAAAACUGUUAAACACAGUUACACAUAUGUAAUUUCCAGUUUAACCACCAUAAUAUUCCAGCUCUGGACUAAUUGAGAUUUUUUUUUUCAAGUGAGUUCAAUAACAGGCUUGA